UAAUUCUGUUAUGGGUAUUUGCAUGAAAAAAUAAUUACAACAUAAUUAUAUCAACUUUUGUUAUUUCUAACAAAAGUUGUCACAAUUUUGUUCUGAUUUUGAUAUGUGCUUCUGGUCGGAAAGCAUUCCUCCGGCGGCGACGGGGUCCACUGUUUGCUAGUGGCUGGAACUGGUAAUAAGUACGGAUGUGUGAAAGUAAUAUUUUUUUUCCUUUUUUUUCGUGUAAGCUGGUGGAUGGAGGCUUUGCAGUAUUUUAUGGCAUUAUGUGAUGGAUGGUUAUGAUGAAAGUUGGUUUGCGUUCGUGGAAUGGAUAAGUUGUAAGUUAUGCGCUCCAGUUAUUUCAGGAUGAGAUUUUCCGGUGUAGCGAGAAUUAUUUUUCGGCACAUGGUACACCAUCAAACGUAGUUGCCUUCAUUUCAUUGAGGGACAGAUACCAAGCCUCACGAGCUUCAAGGUCAAUCGAAUUCGAUCAUUCCGAUAAACACAAACAUCCUAUUUGAAUGUCUUUGAAAUCGCGCCACACUUGAGCGACGUAUUUUCCAUCGAGUCAUUGACGCUCUUCUCGCCGAGUUGAAAGCGUCGAAAAGAGAGUUCAAGUCCUUCCCAGAAGCCCGCAUUUCGAUUGCCGCAAAAGUAGAACGAAUAACCUCCAGAGGCAGUUCAAACUGUUAUAUGAGUUCGCUGUUUGCCAUCAAAAGGAAAUAUCGUCGAAUUUCCCACACACCCAACAGUAGGCACGGUGUGACUGAAACCGUUAUUAUCAAACUAACAAAAAAUUUGCUCGUUGUCCAAAAUAUACAAAAAAAAAAAUUUGCGAGACGAACCAGCCAAGGGCUGAAAGUCUCUUAAAUAAAGACAAAUCAAUCAAUCAAACAAUUUGAAAAUGUUUUAUCGAAGGAAUUUUUGCUGCUGACAUAAAAAAUGCUAAACUUUUUUAUAGGAAGCUUUAAAACCAUUCAUAGUGGCAUUAAACAUUUGAUUGAUGUGCAGUUAUUUAUACUUUCUAUGAUGAAAAUCAAAUCAGGAGUACUUUCUAGUAGUAUUUUUGAUUUCUUGUCGGACAUACAGCCCGAGCAGAAGGGCAUACCUUACAAAUACAUACCGUGGAAAGAGCAACCUGUGCUCUAAUACCUCAAGUUGGUAUUGCUAUAUUAUUCUAUGCAAUGAUAUGAGAACACCACAAUAACAAAUGGUGGUAUUUGAGCAAAGUUAGGUAUUGAUGGGGUAUUGUUGAUUUAGCUGGGAAAAUAGCUGAAUAACAAGAUUUGUUAUUACAUCAUGGAGCUAUCGAAAAAUGUUCAAUUUAAUAGCAAGAAAUGUUAUUACUUUGUUAUUUCAAACCUUCUGGAUAACAAAUAAAGCACUUGAAAUUAAUGGUAUGCAUUCAUUAUUGAGACAACAAGACUUGUUAUUUUUCAGUUGUUAUUUAUACAAAAUUAUGGUAUUCAUUUUUGUUAUUUUGCUUCUUAUGUCCACCUAUCGAAGGGCAUAUUUUGUUGCUAUUCUUUUCUGCUCGGGAGAGGAGGUAAAAUUUUACCUUCUCAAUAAAAAAAUUAAAUAGCCGUAACUUUUAAAAAAGUGCAUCAAAUAUUCUCAAAUUUUUACUGUACGUUGAUCAAUUAGUUGUGUACCAUUGGACAAAAUUUGGAAAAGAUCGGACUAAUCUGCACGAAGUUAUAGAAUAAGGUAUAAUUAUUCGAUAGCCAACUUUGGGCUGUUAUAUCUCCGGAUUUAAUGAACUGAAUGCAAUGAAAUUUUGACCAUUUAUGUCUAAUAUAAUGAUGCUUUGAAAGUCUUUUGACUUAUCUUAAAAAUUUUAACACGGAAGAAAAUUAUAACGAUUAGAUUAUUUUUCAAAUAAAACACCAAAUUUUCUUAAAUUUCAACAUCGUUUCAAAAUUCAAGAUGCUAAUUAUAGUUCAUUUUGAUUCCCUCUAAAUGUCUUGAAUACAAAUAUGUUUUGAAAGAAAGUAACAACAUAGGCGGCAAUUCAUUGAAAAAGUAAUGGGGGGCAUAUUAAAAAUAGACCAAUUUACUAAAAAAUCAUAAAAUUAAUGAAAUCGCUAUAACUUUUUCUCUUGUUAAUAAUUUUAAGCUGAGUCAAACGGUUUACAGACCUCAAAUUUCAUUGCAUUCGGUUCAUUGAAUCCGGAGAUAUAACAGCUCAAAGUUGGCUAUCGGAUAAUUCUACCUUUUUUAGAAAAUGUUUAUAACUUCGUGCAGAAUAGCCCGAUCUUUUCCAAAUUUUGUCCACUGAUACACAACUAGUUGAUCAACAUACAUACAUACAUACAUUUGAGAAUAUUUUAUGCACUUUUCGAAAAGUUACAGCUAAUUUAACAUUUUUUUAAAAGUGAAAAUUUUGCCUAUCCCGAUCAUUUUGUCUAUCCCCUGUACAAUAAUGAUGUAACAUUUUGUCAGGGCCUGGAAUGUGAAGAUCCAAGACCAUUUUUCAAGAAAUUUAUCUGUCAAUUAUUCCAGAGACUUCUCCGAGAACCUCUUGUGGGUGGAGGUUUGGUUCUUUUUUUUUUGUUUAUUUUAUUCAUUUUUUUUUAUAAUCCUUAUUAGUAUCUCAAUAAAUUUUUACACUCUUCAACUCAAUCUAGGUGUUCUGUGUAUUAUAACACACUAUCAUCCUAAUUUGGUAAAAUAAAUUUAAGCUAUUAUCAAUACUAAUUCAUAACAUCUUGCAUUUCGUUUGCUGUAGCAGUUAAGAUUUUUUUGCAGGCAUUAUUUUUCACCUGCUUGUCAGAAAUAUUUUUUUAACUUAUCCUAACUCUAACCUAACUUAAACUAAUUAUACAAAGAACUAAUUGUAGCAAUAGAAGACUGCAACGAUUUUUGACGAAAGUUUGCAAUGGUUUUAUUUGACAUCUGUUCCAAUGUUUCAAUAUUAGAAAUUUGAUGCAACUCAUUAUUUUGAAUUUUCUGAAGUUGCUUCUUUCUGGUAUUGCAACAGCUUGACUUCGUCCGACCAAUUUAUUAGAGUUCCCCUCAUAGUGACAACAUGUCUACUUGAGGGUUUCAAAUAAAGAGCUCUUGGCUUAUGUGGGAAUAUUAUAAGUUGAGUUUUGGAAGCAUUUGGAGAAAUCUUUCAUUUUUGCAAAUAAGAAGAAAAAAUAUCUAAACUUUUUCGCAAUCUACUACAAAUGACACGCAAACUUCGCCCCUUGGCUAGGUUUGGUUCUCUUUUCCUUUAUGGGUCUACGUUCCUACUGCAACUUGGCCUGCUUUACUUUAACUUAAUGUUCUUUGAGCACUUUACCAGACUUGGUUAGCAUCUAUAUUUGCCAAUAACGACGAUUCCAGACUCACCGUGGUAUGAAAUACGUGAGAAGUGGAACAUUCAACUAGUGCCACAUUACAUACCCAUUCUGACGACUGGCGGCAAGCGUGGGAGUGUCGGUGACGUACGUUGUACGUGUACAUGUCGCCGAAGGACGCCAAGGCGGAUGUCAUUCGGCGGAAAAAUGAAACGGGAAAUAACAUCACAUAAAAAGCCAGCAGCUCCCGUUCAGCUUUCCGAAAAAUUGCGAAAAGCAGUCGCUCGUAGUUUUUCCAGUUUGGAACCGAGAUGGUGCCGGUGUGGUGGUGUGCACGCGACAGCGGGAAUAACAUUUCAAAUAUUCCCGAAAGUGGUGACGUACGGCCUCUGCGCUUCUGGGAAAGUUUUGAUGGGAUUCGUCAUUGCUUUGCAAGUGACGAAUACAAAGCUAUCGUGAAAUUGGAACUUGAAGUUUUGCAAUGUAAAUUUCUAGUUCUCGACUAAUAAAGAGCAUUCAAGGAUUUUGUCAUUGAAAUCGAAAAUCAAUAAAAUUUUACAUAAUGUUCUUGCAAAAGAAAAUAUGAUCCAACAUUUUGAUUAUUUUUUAUUAUACGUUAUUUUACAUCAUACGAAAAGCAUUACUGUACAAACCGUUUACCAAUAUUCUAAACUGUGUGCAAUCAUAUGGGACUCGUUCAUUUCUGGUUGUGACACGAAAUACCUAGAACGUGAAUGAAGCGAAGAAAAUCAACAUUCGCACAGACAGAAAACAUCACUAUUGACUUUGAACUGAAAAUAUUAUUAAAUGUGCUCUCGCCAACGUAGGUACAAAUUGAAAACGCAUUUCCGAACUUGAACGGUUCAGAUUGAAUCAACAUGGUCAGAUAUGAUGAUGCUUGGGAUUGUUCGGACUCUAAAGAAGUUGAUCAUCAACAUUAAUUUCUAUUCCCGAUCAGCCUAGAUAGCCGUGUAGUGGCGGUAGCAGUUCCCUCAACUGGCUAAGAAUAUCACUACGGAUUGCCUGAUCCGGUGGUAAAAGUCCACCAAACAAGCGACCCCUAAUUCAUGGUGUCAAGCGUACCGUGCCUAGGAAUGAAUGGUUAGGGGGGUCUAAUAAAAAUUUAACCGUGAACGGAGGCUGUGGAGUACCAGGGCACCCUCCACAGUAGUUUGCCCUUACUGUGUUAAACGGAGCAAUGACGCAGUGGACCUUAUUUGUCUUUGGGAUAAUCGGCCACUUUUCUUACGUCUCAAUUCCGAGGCUUAAUAAAAGUAGGUAAAUGAAAUUUGUUAUGGCAGGAAUUAAGUUCGUACACCUUCAUCACGCAAAAGGUGCUUCUGUUGUGUUGAGUCGAAGGUUUAAAAAAGAAGGACUGGAAGUGGCGCUUAUUCAAGAGCCAUGGUCCAAUAAACGAAAGGUUCUUGGAGUUCUGACACAAAAUAGUAAACUAUUUUAUUAUGAGCAAUAAGAUUCGCUCAGAACCGCUGUCUUAGUACGCAAAACGUUAAAAUGCUAUCCUAUUACAGAGUUUAUCAGAAAGGACAUUGUUGCGGUCAUGGUAGAGGUACCAACCACUAGGGGUAAAACUGAGAUCGCAUUAUGGAAGCCCCCGACCCUUCUAACUCAGUCGAGCCCUGCUGCCAGCGUCAACUCAGCCGUCCUGGUCCUGUAGUUGAGACUGAGGAACGGGGCUUCCACAGUGCCUCGCCAGGCAAGUACCCUAAUAUUAGCGUCGCUUCGCGAUCUGAUUCGUCCUCCGUUCCUAGCAUCGAACCCUUGCCACCGGCUUUGGAACUGGCAUGCUACAAUGAUUCCGAAUCAUCGCCGCAUGACGCUGAUCCGAAUUCCUGCUUACCGGCACUUCCGACUUCAUCGAGGUCCUCAUCGUUCGCACCGUCCGCAACAACACGAACAAACGUUUCACCGGCCUCCGCAAGUAUCCUAUUGUACUAUCAAAAUGUUGGUGGGAUCAACAGCUCUAUCGCCGAGUACCAGUCAGCAAUCAGUGACGGCUGCUACGAUGUCUACGGUCUUUGUGAAACCUGGCUGAAUGAAAACACCUCGACGAGUCAACUGUUCGACGACUCGUAUUCCGUCUAUAGGCAGGACCGGUCACCUUCAAACAGCAACAAAAGUUCCGGAGGUGGCGUUUUGCUGGCAGUGCGAUCGUGCUUCAAAUCGCGUGUGCUUAAUCCCCCUGGCGGUCCGAUGGUCGAGCAACUAUGGAUCGCUAUCACAACAGCUGACGCAACGCUUUAUUUGUGCCUGGUUUAUAUACCACCUGAUCGAGUAAACGAUGGCGAUGUGAUCGAGAACCACCUCACCUCGCUCGAUUGGGUUGUUGCUCAGUUGGGGCCCAGAGACAACGUUAUCAUCGUCGGAGAUUUCAAUCUGAGUGCAAUUUCUUGGCAACGCACCUCCUGUGGGUACCUCUUUCCGAUUUCUUCUCGAUCCUCUAUUAGCACAGCAUCACGACAGUUGCUCGACGCGUACUCCACCGCUAGACUUAGGCAAUUGUAUGGUGUCGAAAAUGAAAACAAUCGAAUCCUCGACCUGUGUUUCUUCAGCGAGGAAAUAUCCAUGGACGGCGUAGUCAUGCAAGCCCCCUUUCCACUCGUUAAAAUCUGUCGGCAUCAUCCCCCUGUGCUAGCGAGAAUGGAAAUAUCCCCUCAAAUCCGCUUUUGCGAUACGGUGGAAAAUGUAUCCUACGAUUGUAGUAAGGCUGAUUUCAAUAAAAUCAACGACUUUCUGGCACAUGUCGAUUGGGACGACGUUUUUCGCGAUUUGGAUGCAAAUCUCGCUGCGUCAACGCUUUCUGGAAUUCUGUGGUAUGCCAUAGACCAGUAUGUUCCAGCGAAAUCUGAACGUGCUGCGCCCAAGUUGGCUUGGUCAAAUGCCGAUCUAAGAUGCCUCAAGAGGUUGAAGAAGGCAGCCUUUCGGCAACAUAGCAAACAUCGGACAGACGCUACUAGAGCAGUAUAUUUGGAAGUGAACACCGAAUACAAGAAACUCAACGAUCGUCUCUACAAUGCCUAUCAAGAGCGUCGAUUUCUAAAUUAUUUGAGGUGAUAGUUCUGCAACAGCUAAUUCAGAGCUACAGUCAUUACAUCUCGCCGGAUCAACACGGUUUCAUGCCUAAACGCUCCACGACUACUAAUUUGGCAUGUUUUACUUCGUUUGUGAUUCGCCAAAUUGAAGCCGGUCAGCAAGUUGACGCUAUUUACACCGACCUGUCUGCCGCUUUUGAUAAAAUGAAUCAUCAGAUUGCGAUUGCCAAACUCGAUAAACUAGGGAUGAAUGAUAGUUUGCUCCUCUGGCUUCGAUCGUAUUUGACCGGACGAAGCAUGUCCGUCAAAAUUGGAGACCAUGUGUCGAUGCCUUUCUCGGUUUGGUCCGGCGUUCCUCAAGGCAGCCACCUCGGUCCAUUCUUGUUCCUGCUCUACAUGAACGAUGUCAAUCUUGUAUUGGAUUGUCUGAAACUCUCGUAUGCCGAUGAUUUUAAGCUGUAUUACGUAGUGAGGAACUCACAUGAUGCGUCUUUCCUGCAACAACAGUUGGAAAUUUUCGCUCGAUGGUGCCGUGUCAACCGAAUGUCGCUAAAUGUGUCAAAAUGCUCGGUAAUUUCGUUCGGCCGUAAAGGGAGCGUUUACACUUUGAUUAUUCCCUGGCGGAAACUCGAUUGAAGCGUAAAACUACAGUGAAGGAUUUGGGUAUUCUCUUGGAUGUUCAGCUGACCUUCAAAGACUAUGUGGCGUACAUCGUUUCAAAAGCCUCGUCACAGCUGGGAUUUCUGUUUCGCUUCUGCAAAAAAUUCGAGGACGUAUACUGCCUGAAAGCUUUGUAUUGUUCUAUUGUGCGUCCAGUACUAGAAUACUCAUCCGUCGUAUGGUCACCGUACUACAGGAACGAAAUUCAACGGAUUGAGGCCGUCCAGCGUAAAUUUAUUCGUUUUGCCCUUCGUCACCUCAGUUGGAGGCACCCGUUAAACUUGCCAAGCUACGAAAGCCGCUGCAAACUGAUAUGCCUGGAGCUACUCGAGCCGAGGCGCGACGUGGCAAAAGCGUGUUUUAUAGGGGAUCUCCUACAAGGCAAUAUUGAUUGUCCGCUGCUCCUCAGCAUGCUGGAUAUCAACAUACACUACCGGAAUCUUCGCCAAAAUGCAUUCAUCCGUUUUCCCCGCACCAGAACUAAUUAUGGAUUCCAUGAACCGAUCCGCAGUAUGUCACGUUGUUGGUUCUCUGGCCGCACUGCGUGAGCUUUGUUCUUCUCACGCAGGUGAUGGUGCUAUCCAAGGUAAGUAAAAGGAAGGUAAUCCAAUAUGUCAGCUUGCACCAUCCGCCAUAUUGGAAAACCUAACGACAGCUGGCAAGUUUGUGUUUAAUUUUUUUUCACUAGUGAGAUGACAAACAAAAACUUUCAGCCCUAGCAACGUAGCAACCCCACAGAAACCAUUCACGCUUAACUUUCUCAGCACUAAAAUCGGACAAAUUCCAUGACACUCAUCGAGUGUUUCCUACUUAUACAGAUUGCAAAUUAGCUCGUACACCAACUUAAGCAAAUAUUUUGCAAUAUUUUUGGCAAAGCAAUCUCUUUUGGUUAAGAAAUCACCAUUGUAUUCAUAAUUAACAAAAAUGCGGGGGCACGAGCAAAUUUUAAACCUGGAAGGAUAUUACUCAUUUUAUGAGUGCCAUGGAAAUAUGUCAACAUUGGUUAUCCGUGUUGAGAAUGUUGUUGCCGAUGCGGCGCAGCAACGCUUCUGUAGCGUUCUGCAGCAUAAACAAACUUGCUGGCUGUCACCUCCAUCCCCCCGCAGUGUGCCGCACUCCCCGCAUCCACUUACUGCUUAUACGCUAACACCUUCCUUAUAAACAUCUUGGGGGACUCACUAAACAGAUUAAUUUGCUGCGUAAGCCAUGAUUUUCUGCUUAUUUGAAAUGUUUCAUGAUUUUGCGAAUGAAAUAAUCGAAGAUUGCCUUGGUGAUCGCGACGUUUAAUCAGUUUAAUCAGUUUACACUGUUUAGUGAAUCCCCUUAAUGUUCUUCUUAAAUAUGUAGAAUCUGCAAUGAGCCUGGGUGUCAAUAUCAGAUCUAAUUUUGAAUGGGACUCAUUUAUCUUAAAUCAAUGUGGUAAAAUAUAUGCAAAAUUGCGAACACUCCAGUUAAGUGCUUCGUACCUCAAAUCAGAGAUAAAACUGAAACUUUUCAAAAGCCUUAUUUUGCCUCAUUUUAUUGGAUGCGAUCUAUGGCUAAUGCAAACAUCUGUAAGAGUUUUACAAAAAAUGCGUGUCGCACUUAAUUCGUGUGUACGUUUUGUUUAUGGUCUCGAUAGAAUUUCCCAUGUAUCCCAUUUACAGCAUCGUCUUUUGGGCUGCACUUUUGAUAACUCCUGCAAGAUAAGAUGUUGUCUAUUUAUGUUUAACCUUGUAAACAAUAAAAUGCCUGGCUAUUUAUAUGAAAAACUGAUUGCUUUCCGAGGAAGUCGUUCAAGAAAAUUCGUGAUUCCACGUCAUCGCACGGCUAAAUAUGGGGAUUCGUUUUUCGUGAGAGGUGUCGCAUUCUGGAAUUCUUUACCUAAUGACAUAGCCGUAAUUGAAUCUAGUGGGCAAGCAACCUUUAGAAGGAGAGUAUUUGAGCACUAUGAAAGUAAUAGUCGAUAAUUAGUUAUACAUAUAUUGAUGUUGUUGAUUGCCAAAAUCAUAUCAAAUCGUAUACUUAACGUCAAAUCCACCAUUUUCGAAACAUGUAACAUAAUAAGAUGUAUGUCUUGAGUUACGGAAUUGAAUAAAUAAUAAUAAAAUCAGUACUUAGUGGAUCUCUAUGAAACUAUGUGACAGAAUUUUGUUAAACAAGUUUAAACUUUUAAUUAAAUUAAUUGACCCGAACAACGCGUCAAAACUCUUACAACUAGUGAAUUUGACACUUAAAAUACAAAAUUAAAUUUUGAAAUUUCCCCCUUAACGCCUAAAGGUAGACAAUUUCCUUUGAAAUAAGUGUUUUUGUAAAAAUAAAUUACUUUUUCAUAAUAAAAGACCUUUUUUAAAUUAUUCAAAUUCAGAAUGAGCAUGAGCAUGAGCAUAGAUGGCCGCACAAUUCGUAGUUGCUACUCCGUGAUUGACCAGAGCAAUCGAAAUUGCACAAGGGACCAAUGAAUAGGGCUUGAGACUACAUAGCUUACAAUUCUCAAUGUACACAGGUCGAGAGCUCUC